AUGCCGCCCAAACUCGAUAUAAACAAGGCUGGAUGGGAGCAGAGCGAGUUCCCUAUCCUCUGCGAAACAUGUCUUGGCGACAACGCGUUUGUUCGAAUGUCGAAGCAAGAGUUCGGACGGUCGUGCGGUACGUGCGCUCGGCCAUUCACAGUUUUCAGAUGGAACCCCGGAACUGGCAUGCGCUUCAAGACGACCGUCAUCUGCCAAACCUGUGCGAAAAUCAAGAACGUCUGCCAGACGUGUCUGCUUGACCUAGAGUAUGGCCUGCCCACCCAAGUUCGAGAUACCGCAUUGGCACUAGAGAAUGAGGCUCCCACGAGCGACAUAAAUAGGGAAUAUUAUGCUCAGAAUAUGGAGGGGAAAUUGGAAGGAAACAAGUCAUUGCUGGACUCGGCGAGGGCACAGUCUGCGGGCAAGGAGAUGCUCAAACAGCUAGCAAGGACGGAUCCUUACUACAAGCGCAAUCGACCACACGUCUGUUCCUUCUUUGUAAAGGGCGAGUGUAAGCGUGGAGACGAGUGUCCGUACAGGCAUGAAAAGCCUGUCGAAAACGAGCUGUCAAAGCAGAACAUACAGGAUCGGUACUAUGGUCGCAACGAUGCAGUCGCAAAGAAGAUCCUGCUCACACAUGCGUCAAGUAUGGGACUUCAGCCUCCAGACGAUCAGUCGGUGACGUCACUGUUCAUUUCUUCUUUGCCCGUGACCGCUACCGAACAAAGUAUUCGUACACGCCGCGAUUUUGUCUCCAUUUCUCUUCACUGCAACUCUGAGACUGCCACCGUGCCUAGAUGCGCGUUUGUCAACUUCAGAGAUCGGCCUUCAGCUGAAUUAGCAGCUCAGGCAUGGGCCAACGGCCUUGAUAUCGAGGGUGAACGAGUCAGCGUUCGAUGGGGAAGGAGCAAGAAUAGCGCUGCGAGCAGUUCGAAGCCCCCAGUCGCAGCCCCCAAGGCCGCCGCUUCCUCAUGA